AUGGCCACCGAAGCUGCCAAGUCCUCCACCUGCUGCGGCAAGGGCGACACCUGUGUCUGCGCCCAGCAAGCUAAGUGCUCCUGCGGCAAGCAGUCUGCUCUGCACUGCUCCUGCGACAAGGCGAGCAAGGAGAACGCUGUCUCCGGCCCUCGCUGCUCCUGCCGGGCCCGCCCCGCCGGCGAGUGCACUUGCGAUAGGGCCUCCACCGAGAACGUGAAGCCCAAUUCCACCUGUGCAUGCGGCUCGCGACCUGCUGGUGCCUGUACCUGCGAGAAGGCUGCUGAUGGCGGAUACAACCCCAACGAGAUUGACUUCACCACCAAGAAAUAA